AGCGCAGCCGAAUCAAAACAAGCCGGAGACCCGCCUUUUCCCUCAGGCUCCCGAGCCUCUCCACCGCGCCCCCGGCCCGCGGCGCCCGCGCGGCUGCGAGCCUCGGGUGGCCGCGCGCCCGCUCCCGGAAGCUUGGGAGGGCGCGGCGGCCGAGAUGUCGCGGCGCGGGCCGCGCGGCUAGACGGGCGCCUUGGGAGUCGCGGGUCCCCUGGAGCGAACUCCGCGCGGGGCCAGCCGCCGCCGCCGCGCCGCGGAGAGCAGCCCUCGCUGACUCGGGGCCCCCGGCUGUCACGAGCGCGAUGCCCAACCCCAAAAACAGCAAAGGCGGCCGCAAAAACAAGCGCGCCAACAGCAGCGGGGACGAGCAGGAAAAUGGAGCCGGGGCCCUGGGCGCGGCGGGCGCGGCGGGCGCGGCGGCCGGGGGGGCUCUGGCGGCGACGGCCGGCUGCGGGGCGGCGGCGGCGGGCGCGACGGGCGCCGGGGGUGCGGCGGGCUCCGGAGGCGCGGGAACCGGAGCCGCGAACGCUACCGGGACUGCCGCCGUGGGAGACGCCAGGAACGAAGCACCUUGUGCCACGCCUCUGAUCUGCAGCUUUGGCAGGCCGGUGGACCUGGAGAAGGACGACUGCCAGAAGGUGGUGUGCAACAACGAGCACUGCCCCUGCAGCACCUGGAUGCACCUGCAGUGCUUCUACGAGUGGGAGAGCAGCAUCCUGGCGCAGUUCAACUGUAUCGGCCGGGCCCGCAGCUGGAAUGAGAAGCAGUGCCGCCAGAACAUGUGGACCAAGAAGGGCUAUGACUUGGCCUUCCGCUUCUGCUCCUGCCGCUGUGGGCAGGGCCACUUAAAGAAGGACACAGACUGGUACCAGGUGAAGCGGAUGCAGGAUGAGAAAAAAAAGAAGUCUGGGUUGGAGAAGAACACAGGGAGGCCCCCUGGGGAGGUUGCAGAGGAGACCAAAAAAUGCAGGCCCCUGAACAAGCCCCAGAAAAGCCUGAAUCACGACCUGCCCCGACGGCAUUCCAUGGACCGGCAGAAUUCCCAGGAGAAGGCGGUCAGCGCCCCCGCCUAUGGUGGCCGCUCCCCUUGUGGUUCCCCUGGCCAGUCCCCACCCACUGGCUACUCCAUCCUCUCUCCUGCCCACUUCAGUGGUCCCCGCUCCUCUAGAUACCUUGGGGAAUUUUUAAAGAAUGCCAUCCAUCUUGAGCCUCACAAAAAGGCCAUGACCGGGGGCCACGUGUUCAGAAAUGCCCACUUUGAUUACAGUGCUGCUGGAUUAUCUGUUCACAGGGGGGGGCACUUCGACACCCCUGUACAGUUCCUGCGGCGGCUGGACCUCUCUGAGCUCCUCACUCACAUCCCCAGGCAUAAGCUGAACACUUUCCAUGUGCGAAUGGAAGAUGAUGCCCACAUGGGCCAGGGCGAGGAUCUGCGGAAGUUCAUUCUUGCAGCUCUCAGUGCCAGCCACAGAAAUGUUGUAAACUGUGCUCUGUGCCACCGGGCACUUCCUGUCUUUGAACAGUUCCCACUGGUGGAUGGAACUUUGUUCUUAAGUCCCUCAAGACAUGAUGAGAUUGAAUAUGAUGUUCCUUGUCACCUUCAAGGGAGGCUCAUGCAUCUGUACGCAGUGUGUGUGGACUGCCUAGAAGGGGUUCACAAAAUCAUCUGCAUCAAGUGUAAGUCACGGUGGGAUGGCAGCUGGCAUCAGUUGGGCACAAUGUAUACCUACGACAUCCUGGCCGCCUCUCCCUGUUGUCAGGCCCGCCUGAACUGCAAGCACUGUGGGAAGCCCGUGAUUGAUGUGCGGAUUGGGAUGCAGUACUUCUCUGAGUACAGCAACGUCCAGCAGUGUCCACACUGUGGGAACCUGGACUACCAUUUCGUGAAGCCAUUCUCCUCCUUCAAAGUUCUUGAAGCUUAUUGAUGAAAGCUUUGCUUUAGUAAUAGCUAUUUUAUUGAUAUUACUUUAUUACAUAUCUUUUAUAGGGAAACAUUCUGUGACGUUAAUUUCUUUUCUAAUUUAAAGCAGAGUUACUCUGUAUAUGUAUGCCACUAAAAUGGGACUGCCCUUUCCCCUGUCUUGAUUCCCCUGUGUUAGUCUGUGAUCAGGACCAGCGCCGCCAGGUGAGUAACUGUGAGUGUGAGUAGGGUUCAUUCUCACCAGGAGUCUCUGAUGCAGCUUUAGAGUGGUGGGGAGGAUGGAGUGAACUAGGAAAGGGAUUAUGUGGCUAUGAACUAAACGCAUAGAAGAAGUAGAGAGGAGGAGUGCUCAGUAAAACAUUGACUUUCUGAAGACCCACUUUUAGAUCUUCUGUGGGCCAUAGGCAAGAUAUGUGACAAGUGAAUGUAAGCCUGAGCCUGGAGAGCUAAUAGUAAAUUGGGCUGUCUCGGCUUAGUGUUCUGCAGUACACAUUGACAUGCAGUUUACACUUACAGCUGACUGGAAAGUGGACAUGAGUAUUCUUUUCUUUCAGUGUUGUAAUUUAACAGUUUUCAUACUGAAAAUAAUAUUGAAAGUAGAAGAUAGGAAAGUUAUUGGUGUUGCAAACAUUUUUAGCUAAGCUGACCUAUAACAGAAUAUGUGAAAUAAAUUUGGAAGUGAUGCAUUCGAAAUUGAGAGGGCAAAAAAGCAGCAGAACUCUGUUGUUUGAGUUACUCUGUGAAGUUGGUCAGAGUAGCUCUUAAUGAGAAUCCAUGCAGAGUGUGUUUUUGGGUGAUGAUAUCUGCAGAUUGCACUUGGGAAGUGCUUUUUGGUAUCAGAUCCUUCCCACAGGUGACUCUCACAGCCAUAGAACCUAACUGGUGAACUUCAGGACCAGUUGUGCCACACAUAUCUUCCUUAUAAUGCCUUGUAGCUAUGUCUAACCCAUUUGGUACUGAGUUUGCAAAAUCAGAGUUGAGCUGAGGAAGGGAAGAAUUGUUUGAGAGAAUGAUGAAAGAAAUAAUAAUUUUAGCAUUUCUUUUUAAAGUGCUGUAUGUGUCAUUUUGGAAAUACCACUGUUGGAAUUCUUAACAGUGGGCUUUAAAAAAACAGUCAUUCUAAAGAUCCUCAUGAAACCUUGUUGGCUUAAAAAAAAAAUCACAGAACUUCAUUAGAGUAUUAAGCAUUCUAAAUACUACCUUCUAUCCAUUAGACUAAUACAUUGAUACCCCAUCUUUUGUAGAAUUGAAAUUAGAGUCUCACAAAUGAAUUUGUUUAAAGUAUGUUACAUGUACAUGCUAAAAGGUUACUAAAAAUCAUUCUAUGAAUAGCCUAAUUUGACGUUGAUGUGAAUAUUUUACACUGUUCAUUUGGUGCAUAACUUUUUUCUCAGUGUAAUUUUUCCUUUUAGACAUUAUUGUACUUCAGUUUCAUUUUUACUAUGUGGUUAUGUUUGAAAUAAUGCAGCAUUGCAAACAAAAUGCAUCAACUAAUAUUCUUCACCUGUCACUUUGAUUGUUACUUGUGCUGAUCUGAUUGGGUAUUGGAUUUCAAAAAUAUUCCACAUUGAAGGGGGAGCUCAAAAUGCCUAUGUUGAAACAGAAAAUCAUUACUGGUCAGGCAGUGUUUAAUGCAGCUACAAGAGGCCUAUAGAAAAUAGCCCUUAGAAAUUUGUCAUUGAUACACAAAAUUGUAAUUGUGAAUCAACUGUUUCUUUAUUGAUUCUUUUAUCUAAGUUUAUAAAUUGGUAAGUUUCUCUUGUUUUCAGAGAACCAUUUGAAUUUUAUUUCUGAGUUUAGCAUUAGCAGUAAAAUAUUUGUAUUACUGUUCUUCAGGCCACCUACAUAUUUCUAGUGAAACCUGCAUAUUGUUUGGAAGCUUACAAUUAACCUGCCUGUUGAAUUCAGCAAGCUCUUCAGGGUAAAAUCACUGUGGGGUUAGUCUAUGCCGCAUUCUAUAUUCUUCCCUUAGAUUGAAAAGUAAGUAUGAUGAGGUUUCACUAUAAUUGAGUGAAAUUUGCUUUGGUAAGUUAUUUUGAUGAUGCAGUGAAGAUUCUGUAGAUGUAUGCAGAUAAAGGAGAGGCAUGGGUAUCACACAGUCUUUCAAGGCAUUGUAUUUUUAUCUAAAAGGGACAGUUUGGCUGAUUGGAGAAUAAAAUACAAUUAAAUAUGCAACAUUAUAAUAUGCUGAUUUUCAUAGUUUCUCCAUGCUUGUCCUGAGCACCUUGAUCAUAAUUGGAAUUUGUCAAGAAAGAUUAUUGUUUUUGUCCUUGUUAGGGUAUUAAAGGAUAUCAGUUAUCCAAGAGAUUUUGUUUUCUAAUAGUGUUCAAUAACAUGAAGCAGUCUUGAGUGACUAAUAAUUUCAGUGAUUUUUAAUCCAGUCUAACAUUUUUAAAUCAUUAUUUGUAAGAGUUGCAUACCUUGAACAGACACAAUUAACCUGCUAUAGUGUAGAGAGAAGACAAUUAUAAUAAGUCAUUUUUUCUUCAGGCCAUCUUAGUUCUCCAUUUUCUUGUGGUUACAUCUGAAGCAUGGAUUUACUGUGUUUAUACUUUAAAGAUAGACAUGGCAUGAAAUUGAGGGGUGGUUCAAUUGUCCUGUUUUAUUUACAAAGGAUUGUCCCAAAAUAUCCUUUGCCUUUCAGUUUUUAUAAGACAGUAUUUUCUGGAUAAAAGAAAUUUUCACAUUUUGGCAAAAAUCAGCUCAUCAGGAAAAAGUAUUACUAGAUGUUUAAAUGAUGAAACUAACAAAGCUAAUGUGCUGAAAUUUUUUCAUUUAGUAUUGCAAGACCAAUGCUUACUAUUCAGUUGGUCUUUUGUACCUGGGUUGGUAAUUCCCAGUUUUUCCUUUUCUGUUUAGUUUCCUGGUCACAGAUGUUAAGUAAUUUUAGUUGGAGGUUGAAGAAGAGAUGAGAAGAAAGUGCUCUUUAGUGUUUUGGUUCUUACAGUAGGGUGUUUGCCUAACUAAGUUCAUUUCCACGUCCUGUUGACUUUAUUGUUAUUCCAGAUAAUGGUAAGAAAGUAAAAUGGAUGAACACCAUUAAAAACAGCUCAAAAAUAUAUUGUUACUGGUAAAGAUUUCUUUUAAAAUUUUUUUUGGUAAAGAUUUCUUGUCAAGAUGUCUCGGAUUGCACUUUUGUUGAGGGAAGACAGUGUAAAUAGUUGAGGAAUGUUGAUGAAAUUAAAACAUUUGGUUAUGGAAUUGUGUGUGGGGUUAGAGGCUUUCUGUUCAUGAAAUGUAUGUACUAAAAAUAAAGUUUCAGAAGCUAA